CUCUCUGCUCCGCGAGGCUGCAGCUCCACCGACCCGCAGCUACACCACAAUGUGAAAACUUAACCACCCGGAUAAAGUUGUUUUCAUGGAAAGAAAGGCUGCAAGUAAAGGACCAUGGGGUAUGGGCAAAUCCUCCACCGGCGGGGGAAUGAGGAGGACCAGGUCCACCUCAACGUGGGGGGGUUUCGGCACCACGUGGAUCCGGAUAUGCUGCUCCGCUUCCCUCACACACGCCUGGCCCGUCUGCUGUGCUGCCAAAGUGAGGCGGCCAUCCUGGAGCUAUGUGACGACUACAGCCCGUCCGAGAAGGAGUACUACUUCGACAGGAAUCCCCAGGUUUUCCUUGGUGUGCUCAACUUCUACCACACGGGACAUAUCCACAUGAUGGAGGAGGUGUGCGUCUUCUCCUUCAGCCAGGAGAUAGAGUACUGGGGGAUCCAGGAGCUCCACCUGAGCCCCUGCUGCAGCUACUGGUACCACGAGAGGAAGGAGUACAUUGACGACGGAGACUGGGAUGUGAGGAGUGACGACCAGCAGCAGCCCAGCCUGGACUCCUCCUUUGAGGAGCUCUCUGCGCUCGAUCAAGACAUGGCCAAGUUCAAAGGAGCCUGGUGUGCAGAGGUGAGGAGCUACGUGUGGCUGCGGCUGGAGGACCCUGGUCACUCAACAGGUUCAAAGAUCAUCGCCGUGGCCUCCCUCAGCUUGGUGUUGACCUCCAUCGUUGCCAUGUGUGUCCACAGCAUGCCUGAGUAUCAGAAGAAGGACGAAAACGAUAAACUCAUCGAGGAUCCUGUCCUUGAGAUCCUCGAGGAGGUCUGCAUCGCCUGCUUUUCCGCUGAGUUCCUCCUCAGGCUGAUUGUUUCGCCCUCACGCAGGAAGUUCCUCUCAAACCCCUUAAACCUCAUCGAUGUUGCCUCCAUUUUGCCAUUUUACGCAACUUUAGCUCUGGAAACAGCCGAUAAGGAAGCCGCAGAGGAGAACGAGGACUUACAAAAUGUUGGGAAGGUGGUGCAGGUUCUCCGCCUCAUGAGGGUUCUCCGGAUCCUGAAGCUGGCUCGCCACUCCAUCGGUUUGCGAGCGCUGGGCGCCACCGUCCGACACAGCUACCAAGAGGUGGGUCUGCUCCUUCUCUUCCUCUCGGUGGGGAUCUCCAUCUUUUCUGCCCUCAUCUACUCGGCAGAGAGGGAUGUGGAGAACACAGAUCUGGGGACCAUCCCUUCUGGCUGGUGGUGGGCAACCAUCACCAUGACCACAGUGGGUUACGGUGACACCUGCCCGGUAACGCUGGCGGGGAAGAUAGUGGCGACCUUGUGUAUCGUGUGUGGCCUGUUGGUGGUGGCUCUGCCCAUCACCAUUAUCUUCAAUAAGUUUUCAAAGUACUAUCAAAGAAACAAAGCCAUGGAGGGUAAGGGUAUCACUAAGCCUGAAAGAAAAGAUCCAGAGAUUCCUUAUUAUAACAUAAAAGACCUCUUCGCAGGAAGCGUGUAUCCCUUUAUCGGAAGUAUCGCCUUCAGGAACAGUGUGAGCAGCGCAGGAGAUGAGACGGACGCCUCCAGUCUCCAGGAUAUAGAGAUGUAUGACAACGAGACUUGUGAAAAUGGGGCAGCGAAAUGAGAUUCAAUGGAUUGUCACUCCCUUUAUGACUGCAAGUCACUCCGGGCCUCUCAGGGCACUCCAUCACACCGCCUGACUCUCUGAACUGUCUUCCUCCUGCAAUCUGACAGAGAAAUAUGGUGGCUGUCGAUUGUUUUUUUCUUCUUCAAGGGCUUAUACACAGCGUCACUAAAACCCGGAAAUCUUAAGGGAAUUUGAGCCUUGCUCAGAGGUCUAAAAACUCAUUUUAUGCUUGAAAAAACAGCAAUGAUGCAUGUCGGAGGCCAUAAUGAUAAUGUUUUUUCAAAGUAAUGCCCUGUAUUGAUUUGUCUGCCAGCUGAAAGUUCAGAGUGAGAUUUCAGCUAAAGUCUAUAACGACAACAAUACUGUUUGCUGUUUCAAAAUGGUAUUAUAGAUCUCUAAUUGACUGAUGUUACACAGUCUGCAUGAACAAAAAUAAAUGAAUUUCUGAAUAAUG